AUGGCCAAUGCGAGGGCGACGAUUAGAGUUUCUGGAUUUAGCAUAGUUCAAAGUGAGCCUACCGUCCACCAAUCGGAAAUCCUAAAUUUGCCGACCUGGAUGACAGUUGCCAAGCCCCAGAAUCUAUACGAUAACCCCUCUCGAGUUCGCUUGGUCUCAAUCCAAUCAACCGGCGUAAAUUUGCCGACCAAUUUCCUCUACUUGAGCGACUCUUUCACUUUACUCGCGAUCAGGAAGCUUUCCGCGGGAAAGGAGGCCCUCGAGGCUGUUGAGGUUCAUCGGAUAGGAAAUCUCUUUAUCCAUGACAACGAGCUGCUUCAGAUCUAG